AUGUUCUUCUCAGAUGGGACUCUCUCAGCCGUCAGUUAUGCGCUCUUGUUGGGAAUAACGUGUCUGACCGUCCUCUGCGAUUUCACCAAGGGAUCCUCAGACUUUUCAGGUUAUCUAUCCAAAGUGUUGAGGAACUACACUGAGCAGGCCUGUGACGGAGACUUCCUGUCUGUUCGCUGCCCACCUCGUACUACCGUCACCGUCCAGUCGGCUUUCUAUGGAAGGAGAGGUGCCUCUGACCCCCAACAGUGCCCUCAGACCUACCAGGCCCUCCUAAGUUCUUAUAACUAUCAGGAGGAUGAUCGAUACUGUUCAGUGUCCACAGCACUACAGAAAAUGCUGGACGAGUGCCAAGACAGAAGGAGCUGUCAAGUCCUUGUCAACAGCCGCGUGUUUGGGACGGACCAGUGUCCUGGCAGAAGUAAAUACCUCAUUGUCUGGUACAAAUGCAGACCUAACGAGUAUAAGAGUAAAGUGGUCUGCGAGGAGGAAAGGAUGAGGCUGAGCUGUAAACGGGGUAUGCAGAUCGCCGUUUACUCCGCCAUGUUCGGCCGAACUCAGCAAGGCACGUUAGAGUGUCCCCUACACCACAGGAGGGCCCCGUCAGUAGACUGCCAGUCAGCUGUGGCUUUACAGGUUCUCACCUCCCGCUGUCAGGGAAAGAAAAGCUGCCUGGUUCGAGCCUCCAGCAGAGACUUUGGAGAUCCGUGUUACCCGGGCACCAGGAAGUACUUAAGUGUCAUCUACACCUGUGUUCCAAAGAAGUUGCUCCAGGAGGAACCCAGACCGCCUGUGUACUCCCCACCGCCCAGCGCCCAUGACCCCAACAUAGUGGGAGACAGCGCCCCUCCAGAGGGGUCCUUAGUCAGAACAGACAGGAAAUCACCCAGGGAGACCAACCCCAACGAGGAGAAACCUUCAGAAACUGGUAGAGAGAGAGAAGAAAAGCCAGCCAUGAAUCCCAUCUUCAACUCCACAUCUAGUUCCAGCAUGGCCCUCAUUAGUAAUGCAUUGGCAGCCUACACCUAUAUAUCCGAUCAUCCUGAGAGGGCGGCUCUCUUCUUUGUCUGCGGUGUGUGUUUGGGCCUCUUCCUCACCCUUUUUGCCCUGGUGGUGCAGAUUUCCUGUCGCACCGACUGCCAGCCACGCCAGCGGCCUCCCACCAAGAAACGACCCCGCCCUGCCGACUCGUCCUCCGACUCCAGCGACUCGGACUCGGACUGGGACACCACCUCGGACCUGUCUGCGAGGCGGCACAGGCGAUUCGAGCGUACGCUUAACAUGAACGUGUUCACGUCGGCGGAAGAGUUGGAAAGAGCGCAGAGGCUCGAGGAGAGGGAGAGAAUCAUCCGAGAGAUUUGGAUGAACGGGCAGCCGGACAUCCCUGGGACUAGGAGCCUCAAUCGAUAUUAUUGAAGAUGGAUAAAAAGACUUUUGAUAGAAAGUUGAACAAAAUCUAAGAUGCACUUGGGUUGGAAAGUGCAAGAGACAAAGCCUAGAUGAAGCUUUAUAUGCCAGCAUGCAAAACCGCUGUGGACCAAUGAGAAUAGUGGAAGGGAGUGCAGACUUGAGAUGAAAGUAGUCUCUCUCUAAUGGUUUGCAUUUUCCUCUGGGUAUAAUAAGCUAUACCCCAUUGAGUAAAAGAAUAAGCUUCCACUCUGCAUGGUAAGCUCACCUCUUAGCUGGCUCUUAUUGCCGGAAGACAGGGGUGAAAGGCCAUUUGCUACGCUGCCUUGGCUGUGACCUCAGCAGCCCUUUUUGAAGUGGGGAUUUAUGGGUUAGCUGCCUUCAACACACACACACAUGGCAGCAGAGACUACACGAUGACUGAAGGACCAAGGCUUCACAUGGAUCUGUUUUAUACAGAACAUGAGGCAGCAGCAAAAGACUGUGACACUUGGUGCUUUAUGUUGAGUACCCUCCAGUAUUCAAGUGGGGACUUAAAUGAGGGACGGCGUAAAGAAAUAAAGAAGUGUCCCGGACAGUUGGACUAUGUGAGACAAUCUUUCCACAGUGCAUAACCAUGCUGCCUUUGAACUUUGUAAAAACCAAAAAAUAUUUUUGGGGAAUUCAUCUCAACCCUUAUAAAAUCUAUUUUAUAAUAUUUAAUAGUUUAUUGAUGUUGUGUAUUUUUGUUCUCAAGUAUGGUUUAUUAUGAGAUAUUUUUAUACUUGGCGAAGGUUGUCUGGCACCUCAGGGAUGCAAUCCUAGUGUUUUUGUGUUUGGUUGAUGUAUUUGCUUCCUAAGAAGGGGAUCAGCCCAUUUUAACAGCUAUGUCAGCAUUUAAAGAAAAGAAUUAGAGAUAUCAUAUAAAAGAGCCUCAAAGAGGUUUAGUGAUUUAACCUUAUUUUUGAUACAGUAUGUUUAAUUCACGGUGCAGUGCCUUUUCUAGCUAAACUAAGUCACUGUUAACAAGCAGCUGGUGUUUUACUCAAUAACAGAUCAAAUGUUCCACUGAUUAGAAAUACAGUGUCAACCGAUUGUACAUGUAUUCCCUUUGCAGUUAUCGUUGCUUUACUGAAGUGGAGCAUGUGUAAAAUUUGAAUGUUCUUGAACAUUGCACUUGCCAUGUCACCAGAUGUAAAUGUCAAUGUCAUAAAUGUCAUGUUUUGUGGUCCUCACUGUUAGUAAUGCCCUAAUGGAAAGCUGCGAUUGAGGUCUUGUAUGAACUAUGCUCUUCUACACCAAACAGAUGCUUGUGGAGAUGCUGCCCAUAGCCAUCUGAAGAAGGAACCAGCAUUGCAAAAAUGUUCACAAUGAACAUGCAAAACUACAUCUCUUAUGUCAUGUUGCCAUGUAAUAAUAAUAUAAGCUAUUGUCGAUCCAGUUCUGUUUGCGCUGCUCUGGAUUCAAGCAAAGAAAGAAUUCUAGUUUUCAUUAAAAGCUUGGUAUUUUCCUGAGAUUUUAACUGAGAGUACAUAUUAGCGUCAUCCACACUAGAUAUAAGUUUUUAUUUAAAACAAAAUGUAUAAAUUUGGAUGGGAUUAAAAUGUGCCAAUAGCUGGUACAGUGAGACCAAAAUAUGACUCCUGUGCUUGGAAUAAACUGUGUUAAAAAAAAAAAAAAAGAUAACAUUAAUAAUAAUCUGUCUUUUUUUAAACCAGAUCUAAUACAUUUCCUUCUGCAAUGUUGCGAUGCAUUUUUGACGACACUUACAGUAUGCACAGUGUUCGACAUUGUACUGUCACUACAUUGUGGCAUGCACAAUUAUAGCUGCUCACUACUCGUGGUAAUUCAAUUUACUGCAAAUAUGUUGAGUAAUACGAAACCACCCACGAUGCAUCUGUCAUCAUGACAUUGAGACCCAUGCAGAUCUUCAGUCUCAGUUUUGUUAUUCUAGCACGCCCCCUAAUGGUAGAAAUGGGACUCAUCAGU